UAGUGGGUGUGGCUUAUAUUCAGGGCGGACCACUUGAAAUGACCUGGUAGGCCAAGUUUGGCCCGAGGGCCUUGAGUUUAUUGUCACGUUUCUCAAAGUUUCUCUCCAAUUGGCCGUUUCUGUAGAUGAAAUAACAGACGUUGGUGAGAAACAUAUGCAGGGUUGUGUGACUGGUGUUCCAUUUGGAACCAGUCAAAGUGCAGUCAGAUAUUAGCAGGAGACUUGACAUAGACAUUAACAAUGGCUCAGGCUUCAGAUAAGAGUUAAUCAACAACAAGUGUUGGUAGAUAGCAAGCAGUUUUCAGCCUGUGCUCACAGCACCACUCCCUCUGCACCUUUCUUUCGGAGUCCGCUUCGGUCGACGUGCAGACAUGAGGGGGCUUUUGCUGCUUCUGCUGCUCGGGCUCUUUUCCCUGUGGACUGCGAGCGCACUGGAGGACUCUGUGCUGCGACUGAGGAAGGGCACCUUCCACAGCGCCCUGACGCAACACCGGCAGCUGCUGGUGCUUUUCCAUGCGCCCCGGUCUGCGGAAGACUUCCGGGUCAUGCAGGUGUUUGAAAGCACUGUGGCACAGCUUCAGGGGUCAGAAGUGAAACUGGCCACUGUUGACGUGACAGAGGAGAAGGAGCUUGCGAAGGAGCUCAACGCCACGAGGCCUCCCAGCAUCAGACUCUAUCUCUCUGGUGAUAAACACAAGCCUAUACCCUGCCCAGUUCCUCAGACUCCAGCGUCCAUCCUGACCUGGCUGAAGAGGAGGGCGGGCUCACCUGCUGACCUCAUCUCUGAGCGCGACCAAUCAGAAGCCUCGGAUGAACUGCAAGUGCUCGGCUUCUUUAAGGACCUGAGCAGUGACUACGUCCAGCUCUUCUACUCCGCCGCCAUCGACCUCCCUGAUAUAGUUUUUGCUCUGACGCAAGAUGAUGACAUCAUCAACAAAUAUGGCGUCACUCCGGGUGUCGUCCUGCUGCUUCGACAGUCAAAGCUGGUUCAGGCGCUUCAGAUGGAUCCUGACACUUCUAAAGAAGAUCUGAUCGUCUUCAUCAACGUGUACGAGAUGGAUCCGGUGACAGAGUACUCUGGACAGACCGCCACACGGAUCCUGUCCUCCCCGGUGCUGAACCACAUCCUGCUGUUUGCCAACAAAAGUGUGGCAGGCUUCGAAGAGCUUUACUCGGCCUUUAACAGUGCGGCUGAGGACUUCAGGAUGGAGAUUGUAUUUGUGCUGGUCAACAUCGAUGAGCCCCGUAACGGCCGACUGAUGGAGUACUUCCGUGUACGGCCGUUUGACGCUCCUCACGUGCGACUUGUCAACCUGACUGAUCACAUGACGUACCACCUUCCCACCGACACCCUGGACGUGGCGACCAUCAAGACCUUCUGUCGGUCGUACCUGGACGGUGAAGCCAAGCCGAAGUUGCAGAGCCAGCCGAUACCUGACGGAUGGGAGCAGCAGCCGGUGAAAGAGCUUGUGGGUUCCACUCUGGAGAAAGUGGCGUUCCAACCCAACAAGACUGUUUUUGUGCUCUUCUACCUUCCGUACGGAAAGGAGUCAGGUUCACUGUUUCCACUGUGGGAGGAGCUAGCGGCGACCUUCAAGGACCAAGAGGACGUGGUCAUCGCUCGCAUCGACGCCUCGGCCAAUGAGGUCGACUUGACGAUGCAGCAGUCGUACCCGUGGCUCUGCCUCUUCCCUGCUCUCUAUUCCGAGAGGGUGGUGCUUUACUCAGGGAAGAAAGAGCUGAAGGAUCUGGUCCAGUUUAUCCAUCGAGAGAUGGACGGUGCCAAAGUUUACAGGCAGAAGGUGACACUCUUACGACCGUAUGAUUCUGUUUCUCCUUCAGGUGAAGAGACUUUGCUUGAACUCUUCCAGGAGGACGAGGAGAGGCGGAGGUACAUGGAGGAGCUGAGAGCUGAAGAAGCCAGACACGAGAGCAAAACUAGAGAUGAGCUUUAACGCUGGAGAGCAUCACAUUUCAAUAAAUAGUGGAGAGUUUUUAAUGUUCCUUUUGAAGAGCUGAUGGUUCAGAUAGAGAGUCUUCUACUUCCAGUCAGGGGCUGCCUCCUCUAGUCACGUCUUUGUCACAACCUCAUUGGGUGUCUUCCUCACCUGAGCUGUCCCUCUGAAAUACUCAAAUGCAUACACACACUGCCUUAUGGGGACCGGAUUUUUGGUUCCGAUACAUAUUCAGUCCCCAUGACUGUGUAAACAGUGCCACAUACACCUCAGACAAACAUCCAUUGGAGUCUUUCACUUCUUGUUAGAGAAAGUUAAUGGAAGAAAGGAUUAAAAAUGAAGACAUAACAUGAGUCCAAAUUUUAUUUACAACUUGAAUUCAUUACAACUGAAAUAAAUCUUUACAAAGUGAUUUAGUUUGCUGCUCCAGAACAUACAGAUCUAAUCUGGGAACUGCACAGUGGGUUGCGUGGCUCUUCUCCUCUACACCCUGCAGCCGAAAAGCAGCAGCUCUGAUGCGGUCUCUUGUAGGUUCAAACAUAUGUUCCGCAGAGUGGCGUCAGAUGAGCAUUCGCUGUCUGUCGGCCAGUGCUCGACCCAGGUAUCUUUGCCCAGCAUGUAGAUGAAUCUGCACGGACAGGGAAUCGGUGAGUCUCUGACUGAACCGACCCAAGGACGACCAGCGAUGUCUCCCACCUGUUGGUGGCACCGUCCACGCUCCACUGGUCUUCUGCGGGACCCAUGAUGAGGUACUUGGAGCCCACCUUCAGGUUGAGCCCCUCUCUGCAGCCCCCGUGGGACAUGAAGACCCUCCUCUGACCCAUCUCAACGCCCGCCUCCACUCCUGACGAAAACACACCGGUGUUGGUAGCCAGUGUGCGAAUGUCAGUUCACAGUUACUCACCCAGUUUGAUGACUUCAGUCACCGACACCUCGUACUUGUCGUAGUAGCUCUGGCUGACAUUCAGCACCUGCACCUGCAAAACUGUCCAACACCAGCAUUGACUUCUGCUCUCUGUGAGUCAGGGGCUGCUCCUACACGUGUGCGACGUGAGGAUCUCUCACCGUGGUGUAAACUCUUGCAGGCGAAGAACACCCUCUCUGCACUGGAGAUGACUGCAGUGUUGCUUUUGGAGAUGCAGCAGUCGCCUGAAAGCAAAUCGAAUGUAAUGACUUUGGUCCUGAGAGGAGCAGUUCGGGAGCCCUGUACCCUGAGUGCAGCGGCAGACGUUGUCCUGGCAGAUUCGAGAGAGCGCCUCCUGGUUCUCCGGGGGGGUGUACGUCUGACUGCAACGGCGAUCUACAGGAACAUGAAACUUUGCUCAGUUUUUAAUGUCAUAACACAUGAGUUUAUACUGUAGCCAUGAGUACUGUUCAAAAGAACAAAAAAAUUAAACCAGAUGAAUCAGGAUUGCU